ACCGAAGGCUAAGUCUUGAAAACAUGAUUCCUGCAACUGUUCACACUGUCCUGAGUGCUCUAUAUUUAUGCUGCCACAGAAAGAACUGGUUACACUCGGAGGAGAAGCACAGGAAACACCAAGGACUGAAAUGCGCUUGCAGCUAAAGUAUCCUCAUCAUGAAUAGGUACACAACUAUCAGACAGCUCGGUGAUGGGACCUAUGGCUCUGUCCUCCUAGGGAGAAGCAUUGAAUCUGGAGAGCUAAUAGCCAUUAAAAAAAUGAAGAGAAAGUUUUAUUCCUGGGAGGAAUGCAUGAACCUUCGAGAGGUUAAGUCUUUGAAGAAAUUAAACCAUGCUAAUGUCGUAAAGCUGAAAGAAGUUAUCAGAGAAAAUGAUCAUCUGUAUUUUGUGUUUGAAUACAUGAAGGAAAAUCUCUAUCAGUUAAUGAAAGAAAGAAACAAACUGUUUCCUGAAUCUACAGUUAGGAAUAUUAUGUAUCAGAUCCUGCAAGGGCUUGCAUUUAUUCAUAAGCAUGGGUUCUUUCACAGAGACUUGAAACCUGAAAAUCUCCUUUGCAUGGGACCAGAACUUGUGAAAAUAGCAGACUUUGGCUUAGCCCGAGAAAUCCGAUCUAGACCUCCUUACACUGAUUAUGUGUCCACAAGAUGGUACAGGGCUCCUGAGGUCCUUCUGAGAUCCACCAGCUAUAGUUCUCCAAUAGAUAUUUGGGCUGUCGGCUGUAUAAUGGCAGAAGUUUACACACUGCGGCCUCUCUUCCCAGGCGCCAGUGAAAUUGAUACUAUAUUCAAAAUUUGCCAAGUCUUGGGGACGCCAAAGAAGAACGACUGGCCUGAAGGCUACCAACUUUCAGCCUCCAUGAAUUUUCGCUGGCCUCAGUGUGUACCUAACAACCUAAAAAGCCUCAUACCCAAUGCUAGCAGUGAAGCUGUGCAGCUCAUGAGAGACAUGCUGCAGUGGGACCCAAAAAAGCGGCCAACAGCUAGUCAGGCACUUCGAUAUCCAUACUUCCAGGUUGGGCAUGCCCUGGGUGUUCAGGAACUGGGGAAACAAAAGGAUCUGCAUAAUAAAUCAUCUCUGCUUAUUAAGCCUGUGCCUCCAGCACAACCCCCUUCGAAACCUCACGCCCGCAUUUCGUCAAGGCCUUUUCAGCAAAGCCAGUCUUCUCAGCACCUGGUGUACCCCUAUAAGACUGACAACUCUGGGGCUGAGCACACUAACUACUUACAGGAGGACAAGUCUAACCAGGUUCUUCUGCCUGCAAUUCACAAUAAGGUUCCUCAGCAGAAAACAUCUGCUGGUACUGAGAACAUAAAUGGUGAACUUAACCCAAAAACGAGGAGAAGAUGGGGACAUCUUGCUAGAACAGUGAAGAGUUCUGAAGACUGGGAUGACUUAGAAGACCUUGAUUUUGGCUCUUCCAUCACUAGGAUAGACUUGAAAAACAAGAAGAGGCAGAGUGACGAAACUCUUUGUAGAUUUGAGAGCAUUUUGGACCUGAAGCCUUUGGACGCUGUGGGCUGCGGCAGCAGUGCCCCGUCCCACGGGACCUUGCAGCAGCAGGACACUCCCACCCUGCGAGUCUCUGCAGCAAAGCAACACUACUUGAGACAUUCGAGGUAUCUGCCUGGACUAAGCACAAGGACUGGCACAGUCUCCACCUCAAACAAGGAGCCUGUGCUGUCUAACCCCUGGCCUCCUGGGAAAGCUUCCGGCUUGGGAGGAGGUGUUACCAGGAUGAAUUCAGGGCCCACAGGGUCCAGCGGUCUGACUAGUGGUUAUAUCCCUUCGUUUCUGAAGAAGGAAGUAGGCUCUGCUGGGCAGAGGGUGCAGUUAGCACCAGUUGUGGAUCCAUCUUCUGAUUAUGCUUCUCUGAAGCCAGUGAGACCCCAUCUUGAACGACCAUCAUUCAAUUCACCUGCCAAAAGCUCACCAAGGUUAAUGCCUCUGCCACCAGCAGCUCAGCCUAUCCACGGGCGCGUGGACUGGUCUGCCAAGUAUGGUGCCCACCGGUGA